CCGGCCAUGUGCAGGGUUCCAUCCCUGGGGCAGGGUUUGGGCACAAGGAGAGCUCACAGCUGCUCCUCCAUGCCAGGGACCAGAGGCUCCUCAGCCAGAGGCUCAGCGGGACCCAAGGGCUCUCCUGUGCCUUUGUCUCGCUCCUUUCUGGGCCUCUGGAAGCCUUUGGCAGCCACGGUGUGUUCCAGAGCUCCCUCCCACGGGACAGGGCUGGGGACAGCUCUGAGGGGCAGGGCACCUGGGGACAUGGCACUGCCAGGAUCUGCUGGGCACAGAUUGUCUGAGAUGUGGCACCUGGGGACAUGGCACUGUCAGUGCAGGACCUUGCUCGGUUCCAUUCUCUGUGGGGACUCUGAAGCCCCAGAGCAGAGAUCCAGAUCCAUGUCCGGACCCUGGGCCCCAUUCGUCCGCUCUCCAGCUCCAGACCUGGGACCCUCCAGGUCCUGGGCUCCUCCCAGCCAUGGGUCAGCCCAGCUGCUCAUGGACUGACCCGGGCCUGCACAAAGCUGCUGACUUGAACGUGUGGGAAGUUUCUCCAGUCCUCCAGAACUCUCCAACAACCACCCCCCACAUCACACUGAGUGGGAGCAGGGGGAGAAAGUCAUCUUCAGGCAGCAGCAUCUGCCACGGCCAGUUAAAGCAGCACAGCUCCAGUUCAGUCGGUCCUGAGAGCCAGGAACUGUCCGAGGGCAUUUUGGAUCGCCCUGAAGCCGUGUGUGCCCCAUUUCCUGCCCGGCCGUGCCCGUGCCUGGCACAGGGGGCUGGGGAAGUGCCUUAUCUCAGCCACCUUUUGUGUCACAGAGCAGCAGCUGCCAGCUUCCCACCAGUGGCACUGCUGGAACGGGCAGGGCAGACCUGGGGUUACUGGGGCACCCCCAAAUCACAGAGUUAUGGACUGGGUUCAUGCAGAAAUGAACCAAACUGGGGUUACUGGGGCACCCCCAAAUCACAGAGUUAUGGACUGGGUUCAUGCAGAAAUGAACCAAACUGGGCAGGGAGGAGGUUUCCCGGAGCAGUGGGGCUGGGACAGUGCAGAACAAGGAAAUUUGGGGCAGGGAUUUUUGGGGAUGGGGUGCAGGUGCUCCCCACACCUGGCAAACAUGAGUGCAAUCCCUGGGGAGCGGUGCCUGCAGCUCCAGCCUCAUGCUUGGGACUCUGGAGCCGAGUGGGGUAAAUUGAGCCCUGGGGUGGAGAGGCAGCUCCUGCCCCAGCCCUGCUCUGCUCCCUCUGCCUCUCAUCACACCAGGAGCCCAGCCUGGGUUUUACCUCUGAGGGUGGAUAAAUCCCAGAUUAGCAGAGCUCAGCACCAAGCCCUGCCUGGCUGGAAAACCCAGAGCCAAGAGUAGGGAUGGGCUUGGAGCAGCCAAACCCCAGCAGCUCUGCUGGAAAUCCCAGUCACUGAUGGGAGCAGCAGCUUCUCACGGCAGGUCCCACGAGGAUAAACCAGUUCAGCCUUGCAGAGCUGAAAAUGGAUCUUCUAUCAGAGAGGAGCCCAGCAGAGCCACCAUGGUGCACUGGUCAGCCGAGGAGAAGCAGCUCAUCGCCAGCGUCUGGGGCAAGGUCAGCGUGGAGGAGUGCGGUGCUGAGGCCCUGGCCAGGCUGCUGAUCGUCUACCCCUGGACCCAGAGGUUCUUUGACAACUUUGGGAACCUGUCCAGCCCCACGGCCAUCAUUGGCAACCCCAAGGUGCGUGCCCAUGGCAAGAAGGUGCUCACGUCCUUUGGGGAGGCCAUCAAGAACCUGGACAACCUCAAGGGCACCUACUCCAAGCUGUCUGAGCUGCACUGUGAGAAGCUGCACGUGGACCCCGAGAACUUCAGGCUCCUGGGUGACAUCCUGGUCAUCGUCCUGGCCGCGCAUUUUGGCAAGGACUUCACGCCUGCCUGCCAGGCCACGUGGCAGAAGCUGGUCGGGCUGGUGGCCCAUGCCCUGGCCCACAAGUACCACUAAAACCUCGGGAGGCAUCUGUGUGUGACAGGCAAUAAUAAACAUAUUUUCUGCAA